AUGAGUAAAGUGCAACUGAUUGAUCAUCGGCACACAUACUGUGAAAUCAUGCUCUCAAAGGUGAAGAUACCAUUGCAUGAACUUAUGGAUUAUGUCCUCGCUUUAGAUGAAUCAGCACUGGAUGCUGAUCAGGUGGAAAAGCUUAUAAAGUUGUCCUACAAAAGAAGUGAUGGAAACGCUAAAGAUAUCGAUCAACCACUACAGUGCUUUUUCCCUGAAAACGUGGUCCAAGAAAUAGAAACACCACUUUUUGUAACAAACGCGGCCUAUGAUUCAGGGCAGAUAAAGAAUGCAGUAGCUCCUGGGGUAGUUGAUCCUCAUGGUAAAUGGCACGACUGUAAAAUGGAUAUUGAGCAGUGUUCAUCUGAACAAAUUGAGAUCAUACAAAGUUGGAGUUCAUACGCGCAUUGGAUGGAUUUUUUUGGCACUUCUUCACCAAGAGGGAUGUUUAUCAACUCUUGCUAUGCCCACUGCCAAACUGAAAUACAAGAGACAUGGUAUAUGAGUGAUUCACCCAUAUUGAGUAACAAGUUUUUCAGGUUGCUUCGGGUUAGGCUUGGAAUGUGGUUUCGGGUCAGUUUCUAUAACCAAUUAUAGGUAAAAUCGACAACGCGCCAAUGCUUGGAUACCAUAUAUGGUCCAUAGUUCAUGGAACUUUUGUUUAGCUUCAUAACUUCGUUUUAAAGGUUUAUUUGCUAAAUUGGUGGGUUGAGCUACAAAUUUUGAGAUCUUUAUAACUCGAAUUUGUGGAUUGAAAAUUAUAUUCUAUUUGACAUUUUUUUGACAA